CAAAGAUGCCGCGAUUUGGCGCCCUGGCGCCCAAGACCAAGAACCUGGUGGUGGCCGGCGGCCUGACCGGGUUCGUCUUCGGCGUCUACUACUACACCAUGCGGGCGGUGGGUGGCACGGAUGAGCUCCAGGUCGCCAUCGACAAAUUCGAGGAACUGAAGAAUACGGAUGAUGUUGCUGCCGUGAACCCGUCUGCCCCAGGAUCAUCAUAG